GGCGGCCGGGGCCGGGGCCGGGGCCGGGCCGGGCCGGGCCGAGCCGAGCCGGGCCCCGCGGCGAGCCCGCAGCCGCAGCCGCCGGGACGCUGCGAGGAGCGGGGGCUGCCCCGCCGCGGGGGAGCUCCGGCCCGGGCACCCCCUCCUGCAACCGCCGAUCGAGCCCAAGGAGCCUGGUGAGCACGGUCACAGAGCUGCCGCCUGGCUCUGCCCACCCCACGGCCAGCGCAUGGACCACCACCGUCCUCCAGCACAUGAAUGACAGCAGCAUCCUGGCAGAAGAGUCACCUCAGAGAGCAGCGUCCGGACUGUCUUCAUGAGGGACAGCUCUGGAGUCUAGAGGGACACAAGGCACACAGGAUGCUGAAUCUGGCCUAGUCCCAAGCCCAGCAAGCUGUGAGAGGUGCAGGGAAGUCUGCAGGGGAGCAGGGUCAGCGCUCCUGCAAGGGCUCUGCCUCACCAUCCCUGAGCAAUGGUCUAGGAAACACUGGGACCAUGAAAGGCUUAGGAGAUAACAGAAGCCGUCACCUCUCCGAUAACCUGGACUCCCCUCAAGACUCUCUUUAUGCCCCCCAGGACAGGAACCCUUAUCUCCUCAGCCCCACUGACUCCUUCACCAUGGACCCCCGAUUCCCAGCCCAGAAUACCCUCCAUGGAGACUGUCUCCUCCCACUCAACAACCAGAUUUCCAACAGCAGCACUUUUCCCCGCAUCCACUACAACUCCCACUUCGAGGUCCCAGAUGACAACCCUUUUCCAAGCCAUGCCCAAGCCACUAAAAUCAAUCGCCUGCCUGCAAACCUCCUUGACCAGUUUGAGAAGCAGCUGCCCAUCCACAGAGACGGCUUCAGCACCCUCCAAUUUCAGAGGAGCGAUGCAAAGCACCGGAGCGAGAGCCCUGGGCGCAUCCGACACCUCGUCCAUUCUGUCCAGAAGCUAUUUGCCAAGUCGCAGUCUCUGGAGGGCCCCACCAAAGGCAAUGUGAAUGGCAAGAAGGGGGCGGAUGAUCCCAAGCAAAACCGGAGGAGCAAGAGCAAAGACCGAGCUAAGACCUCCGAGCCGAAGCGCAGGACCAGAUCCAACAUAUCGGGCUGGUGGAGCUCAGACGACAACUUAGACAGCGAUACCUGCAGCUACCGCAACCCAAUGGGCCUCAUGACACUGGGCCGGCAGCCGGACCACAGCCAGCCGAAGUAUUUCAUGCACGCUUACAAUACCAUCAGCGAGCACAUGCUGAAAUCCUCCAAGAGCAAUAACGACCUCAAGGUCACCCCUUGCACCAAUAUCCCCAUCAACAAUGACUCCAAUUACAUUAAGAGGGGCUCCUGGUCCACGCUGACACUCAGCCAUGCCCGGGAAGUGUGCCAGAAGGCCUCUGCCACGAUUGACAAAGCCUUGCUGAAAUCCAAGUCCUGCCAUCAAGACUUGGCCUACCACUACCUGCAGGAUGUGCCGGCGUGCCCAGUAAGCCCCACUCUACAGAGCUUCCCCGGAGCACUGCCUGACGGAGGGCUGUGGGCACAGCUGGGUGGCGUGAGCCCGGCCAGCAGCUGGGCAGCCCCACCGCUCGGCUGGGAGGACACGGGUGCCGCCCCGCUGCAGCCGAGCGAGCCCCCACGGAGGUGGGACCAGCCCCUCAGCCCUGGGCCGACCGACGCAGGCAGCGGCCAGGUGCCUCAAGGGGAGUGGAACAACACGCUGUCUCGGGAGAAAGACAGCGAGAUCCCGUGCCGGCGCAUGCGGAGCGGGAGUUACAUCAAAGCCAUGGGGGAUGAUGAUAGUGAAGACUCAGAAACCAGCCCCAAACCAUCCCCGAAAACUGCAGCUCGGAGGCAGAGUUACCUCAAGGCCACCCAACAGUCCCUGAGUGAGCAGAGCACCACACAAAGGAGCCUGGACCGCCUGGACUCUGUCGAGAUCCUGCUACCUCCGAAGUUCCCAACCUGGGAGGAAGAAUACAACCAGAUCUCUGACAGCGUCAACGAGUCCAGUUGUAUCAACCAGAUCUUUGGACCCCCCUCACUUAUCCCUCAGAUAUUUACCCAUGGAGAGCAGGCGCCAGAGCCAGAGCUGGGGGAGCAGUACGAGGCGGUCUGCGACGCUACCUACAGCGAGGCCGAGUCGGCCGCUGCAGAGGUGCUGGACCUGCCUCUGCCCAGCUACUUCCGCUCCCGGAGCCACAGCUACCUCCGAGCCAUCCAGGCAGGCUGCUCCCAGGAAGAGGACACGGGCUCCGUCCGCUCCAUCUCCCCCCCGCCGGCGGGCAGCCUCAGCGGCAGCAGGACCCUGCCCACCAACAGCAGUUCAUCAUGCCUAGUGGCAUAUAAAAAGACUCCACCUCCUGUCCCACCUCGGACCACAUCAAAGCCGUUCAUCUCUGUCACUGUGCAGAGCAGCACUGAAUCGGCACAGGACACCUACCUGGACAGCCAGGACCACAAGAGCGAGGUGACCAGCCAGUCAGGACUCAGCAAUUCCUCAGACAGCUUGGACAGCACCAGGACACCCAGUGUGACGAGGGGGAGCGUUGUGACUCCAGCAAGAGAGACUCCAGAGUUACCUCAGAAAAAUGCAACUUUGAAAAGUGACAAAGGGACUCUGACUAACGAAGAGCCUAAAGUGGAGAAUAUCCCCAAAAGAAAGCUGUCGUCUAUAGGAAUACAAGUUGACUGCCUUCAGCCAGUGGCAAAAGAGGAGCCUCCUCCACCAGCCACCAAAUUCCAGUCCAUCGGGGUACAGGUAGAGGACGAGUGGCGAAACAGCCACUCUCGCAGCAUGUCCUCCAAACAGGACACAGACUCUGACACACAGGAACCUAAUAACUCUAGCUGUAAAUCAUCUGAGAGAAGUCUUGCUGAGUGCCCCCAACAUAACAACUCUGUUGGUGUUGAUGCCACUACUAGGCAACCAGCCAAGCCCUCACAGAUUAAGAGAAACCUCUCCUAUGGAGAAAACAAUGACCCAGCCCUUGAGCCUUCCUCUCUCCCUCCUCCUGACCCCUGGCUUGAGACGUCCUCCACCUCACCAUCAGAACCCACGCAGCCAGGAGCCUGCCGGCGGGAUGGGUACUGGUUUCUGAAGCUGCUGCAGGCAGAAACAGAGCGGUUAGAAGGCUGGUGCCGCCAGAUGGACCAGGAGACCAAAGAGAACAAUCUCUCUGAAGAAGUCUUAGGAAAAGUCCUGAGUGCAGUGGGCAGUGCACAGUUACUAAUGUCACAGAAGUUCCAGCAAUUCCACGGCCUCUGUGAACAAAACUUGAACCCUAAUGCCAAUCCCAGACCCACAGCCCAGGACCUAGCUGGGUUUUGGGAUCUCCUGCAGUUGUCCAUUGAAGACAUCAGCAUGAAGUUUGAUGAGCUGUACCACCUGAAAGCUAAUAGCUGGCAAUUGGCAGAGACACCGGAGAGAAAGGAAGAGAAAAAACCACCCCCUCCAGUGCCAAAGAAGCCAGCCAAGUCCAAAUCCCAACUGAACCGGGACAAAGUCUCCGAUUCAGACAAGCAGCGCCAGGAAGCUCGCAAGCGUCUUAUGGCAGCCAAGCGGGCUGCCUCUGUCCGACAGAACUCGGCCACGGAGAGCGCAGAUAGCAUCGAGAUCUACGUACCCGAGGCACAGACCCGCCUUUGAGCAAAGGGGCAGAGGAAGGAACCGCGUGGUUUUUAUAAGUCAUUAAAAAGGAAAAAAAGGGUUCUCUCUAAACUAGUGUGAUUUAUUCAGUCUAGAGACAACGAGCCAUCCUUGAAAAGGGCUCCUGAGUUGGCUUUUUUCUCAGCUUUAAGUAAUGAAGAUUUUGAAAAAAAAAAAAAAAAAAAAAAGAAAAAAAUACCCCUUGUUUUCUCACUGGCUGUGGUGUUGCUGAAUGGACUGAACAGACUCGUGGAAACUCCAGCCCCUCGACUUGGAACUUCAGUCUUUUUACUCAUUCUGUCUAAUGAGAAUUACUAGCUUGUUUACAAGAAGAGGACAAGAAAACAUGAAGCCUUGAGCACUUGCCAUGCUGUGUUCUUCCUCCUCCUCAGUUCUGUUGUUCUUUCUCAUUCUUUAUUUCUUCCUCCUCCCGCUUCCUUUCUCCCACCCUUUGCAUGGCUUUGUUUACUGUGUUAGAAAUAACCUCUCUUCCACAGAGGUCCCGAAGAGAACACCCAUUCAGUGUGUACUACUAUUGCACUCUGCUAGCAAGCAGCCUUUCUUGGGUUUUGUUUUUGUUUUUUUUUUUGUUUUCCUUUUGAUGGGGAUAUUGGGGUGGGGGAAGGAUGGGUGGGCAGGGAUAGGGCAGUGGGUUUGUAUUCCUCUGUUUUUUUGAAGUGAGAGGAUGGUAGGGUCUGUGGAAUGUAAUGCAGAGUUGUCACAAUGUAGCCCAGAAGUAAAUGUGCAAUAAGCUGGCAAAAGGGGUGAAGGGACAGCGCCUGGCUGGCUGAUCCCAAGAGCAGUGCCCACUCCAGGCACAGGAGGGGAGCUGCAGGACCACAGAGCAACUACAGGCAUGAUCCACACAUGCUUCACUUUGUUUUUUCUCCUCUUCCCUUUACAAAAUUAUUUUUCUUGAGUUGCUUGUUGAGAAAGAAGCUGCUACACUGAGGGACCUGUUUCAAAGUGGGCUGGGGAAGGGAGAGGAGGGCUGGGAAAGAGUAAUGGUAUUUCAGGGUGGGAGGACUGGGUUUUGUACAAAGAGGAAGGCACAGGUGGCUGGUGGUAGGCUGCCUGCCUGUAUGUGUACAUAUGCACAUAUACACUUAGUAGUACCUGUACAUUUAAUUCAUACACACGUAUACAUGCCCAUACGCACAGUGCAGAUGGUGUACUAAAACCACCUUGGUGAGAAUGGGCGUAUGUAUAGCAUAUAUUUUUACAUGUACUAUAUCUAGAUGUGUGUAAAAGUGUGUGUAAAAAUAUAUACCCUGUGUGUAAUCAGAUGACUAUUUUUUCCUUAUCUCCCUGCUCUCUGGGUAGAGGAAGGAUUGCUAAAUAUUUUUUAGCCCAUUUUCCCCUUUGUAAGUCUCCUUUUCAGUCUGGUUUCUUGAAGCCAGAACCGCCACCACCAAAUUCUUUGCCACCCCCUGCAAAUAAGCAUUUGGCCCCAUCUUGAGUGAUCUUGCUGGGGAUUUUUUUUUUUUUUUUUUUAGCUUCACUUGCUUGAAUGAGUUGGGAGAUUAUGUGCUACUUUCAUGGGGGUGGGGGUAGAAUCCUAGAGAAGUUUCAGUGAGGGUGUUGGUGAUCCAGAAGGCAAAAAAUAAAUAAAAGUGAAAUUCUGAAUGCUGUCUGAGUGACCCUUGUAUACUGUCCAGUGUUGUCCAUGCAUAGGUGCUCUUAAAGAUUUCAGCCCACCUACCGUAACUUCUCAAAUACGGAAUUAGAUUGCCAUCAAAGCUUAGCCAUAAUGUCACUCCAAUUCAGCACUGGUCUUGAUCUUUGUGGGUAGAGACACUGACUUGUUGGGUUGCACUGUCAGGUUUUUGGGGAGGACUGUAAAGAUGUGGGUUUAGGUAUCUCUAGCAUUGAAAUCGGGAACACCAAGAAAUGGUAACUUCUUUUUUUAUGUACUUUUCCAAAAGUGGCUGAGGCUGCUGUGGGGGAGCUGGCCUGGAACGUUGCUGUCUCUGGGGCUGGCGGUCUCGGGGAGCUGCCACAUGCUCUUCAGUCCCCUGGGCCCGGAUCGCUCUUCCUCCGUGGCCCGGUGCUGGCCGUGGGCCCUGGGGCGGCCAGGGCAGGGGUGCAGCGGCGGAGGUGUGCGUGGGGCUCUGGGGUGAGGCUGGGUAGCAGCGGUGCGUGCCUGUGCCUGCCUGCCUGACUCAUUUUGUUUCCUGCCACCUUGGAGGAGAAGAACUUAACAGCAGCAAGGACAGCUGGCUGGCUUACCAUAAAAAAAUAAUAAAACAAAUGCAGUCUGAAUUUA